UCCAAUGGACUGGGUGGCACUGACAGUCUGUCCGCGGUUCGGCCGUGAACACACCGGAUGGGACAGGACUUAGCUACGGCGGAGUGACUGGUACCAGCGGUCCCACAUCCCUGAGGGACAAAACCAGUACUCUGGAGAAAUAUCUCGGGCUUCGCGACGCGUUUUUGUCCGUAACAAACAGAGAAGUGGAGCACGUUCUGUUUGAGAGGAGUGCAGGACCUGAGCGUCCGUACACAUCCACAGUCUGAGCGAGGGCCGUCAUGCACCUCCAUUCAGCCGCUUUGUGAGCUCCGUCGAUCGCUGCUGGUUGUUUCCAGUCAUGGAGUGACCAGAGCCCCCCCACUCUGUGGAUGGUUUGAUGGGGCUGCUCAGAGUCAUGAUGCCGCCCAAGUUGCAGCUUCUGGCGCUGCUGGCGUUCGCAGUGGCCAUGUUCUUGCUGGAGAACCAGAUCCAGAAGCUGGAGGAGUCCCGGGGAAAGCUGGAGCGAGCCAUCGCCAGACAUGAGGUGCGAGAGAUCGAGCAGCGUCACACGCAGGACGGCCUGCGGGAGCGAGACUCGGCGGUGGCGCUGUCGGACGGCGAGGACGACCUGGUGAUCAUCUACAACCGCGUGCCCAAGACAGCCAGCACCUCCUUCACCAACAUCGCCUACGACCUGUGCGGGAAGAACCACUACCACGUCCUGCACAUCAACACCACCAAAAACAACCCGGUCAUGUCCAUCCAGGACCAGGUGCGGUUCGUAAAGAAUGUGACUGAAUGGAGGGAAAUGAAACCGGCCUUUUACCACGGACAUGUCUCCUUCCUGGAUUUCACAAAGUUUGGAGUGAAGAGAAAACCCAUCUACAUCAACGUGAUCAGAGAUCCCAUAGAAAGGCUGGUGUCCUAUUAUUACUUUUUACGUUUCGGGGACGACUACCGGCCUGGUUUGAGACGCAGGAAACAAGGAGAUAAGAAGACGUUCGAUGAAUGUGUGUCCGCUGGUGGUUCAGACUGUGCUCCUGAGAAACUUUGGCUCCAGAUUCCAUUUUUCUGUGGUCACUAUUCUGAAUGUUGGAACGUGGGCAGCCAGUGGGCUCUGGAUCAGGCCAAAUACAACCUGGUGAAUGAGUACAUGCUAGUGGGAGUCACAGAAGAGCUGGAGGACUUUGUCAUGAUGCUGGAGGCCGCGUUGCCACGCUUCUUCAAAGGAGCCACUGAUCUGUAUAAAACAGGCAAGAAAUCUCACCUACGGAAGACGAGCGAGAAGAAGCCGCCCACUAAGGAGUCCAUCGCCAAGCUGCAGCAGUCGGCCAUCUGGAAGAUGGAGAACGAGUUCUACGAGUUUGCACUGGAGCAGUUCCAGUUUGUCAGGGCUCAUGCUGUCAGAGAAAAGGACGGGGAGCUCUACCUGCUGGCCCAAAACUUCUUCUAUGAAAAAAUCUACCCCAAAAACUAACGAGGGGCGUGUCUAAAGAGUGGUUUUGGAGGAACUCUGUUUUGUACUUCUAAAAGAUGUGCAGUCUGAGGAAAGGCGGGGUGCUGUGAGGCUUGAGGACUCCUGCUGACGAUGACCUGCUGCAUUUGUGUGUGAAGGAGAACACUCAGACUGCCAGCACUUGUUUUUCAUAACUCUGCCACGAAGAGCUCGUGUUUCAUCAGCAGCUUCUCCACGUCGACUCCCUCCCGGGGCAGAGGUCUUGUUGGCUGAGGGGCUCCUGCUGGCACGUUGAUCAAGUGUGAACUUUGCUGAGAAACAAAUAAUACGUCCAUCGGCUUUGUACUGUUUGUGUUUGGUUGUACUUUGAAUAAGAUUUGUUGUUCAUAUGUAAAAUCUAACCUUUUUUUAUGGUGAAGACACCCUCAUGCCUCACUUUGUGCUACUAACUUAAAACACGAUGUGUAAAACAUCUGGUUUCUUUGUUUUAAUAUCGGACUUGAAUGAAAGCAUUUCAGGCUUUUCUGUGAUAGUUGUGCAGGGCAGGCGUGUAUGUUUUAUACUGUAUUUAAUGUUUGACUCUUGUAAAUGAAUGAUUUUACACACGAUUAUUAAACGUGUAAAAAUGUACAUUAAAAACUGAAUCAAAUGAUUUGUAAAUUUGUUAAGCCCACAUUUUAUUUUCACAAUGGAACACAGUAAAGAUAUCACAAACUAAGUAAUUGUGCCAUUUUUAAACGAGAAAAUAAGGUCAUUGUGAAUUCAGUGACAGCGAAUGAUCUCAAAGUUGUUCCAGGUUCAG